CUGAAGUGACAGAGGCAGUUUGAUGAUCGUUCUCCAUCAGGAUCAAAUUCAGAAUGAACAUCCACCGUGUUCUGUCCUUCUGCGUCUUCUCAGCAGCGCUCUGGGAUGGAAACACUGGGCUCGUCAGUGCAAACAUAUUCAUCAGUACUGAGGGCGGAAGUGUCACAGCCACCUGCCCCUUCACCCUCUCUGGAAGAAGAAAGUUCCUCUGUAAGGACGAAUGUAAAGAAAAAGACAUUCUCAUCGAAACUAAGGGCAGCGCAGCUCACAGGGGCAGGUACAGCAUCAAAUACAAAGACGGGUCGUUCCCGGUGUCCUCUCCCUCUCUGUUUGUGAGCAUCACACAGCUGACCAAGUCUGACUCAGGACGGUACAGGUGUGGUUUGGAAAGACCUUACCUGCCUGAUUCAUACUGGGAGUUUGAGGUCAGAGUCACAGACGCUCCGGAGACUGUGAAGCAGCCUGAACAGCAGCAGGCAGAGGAAACAACAGGUGCAGCUGCAGUUCACAUGGUCAAAGGUUACGUCCUCCCUGUGGUUCUAUGCGUCUCUGUGCUGCUUUCUGCCGCUGUGCUGCUCCUCUACCAGUGGAAGAUGAGGAGAGACCCUGCCGGACCGAACACCAGGGGGCAGGCACAUGACAGAAACAUGGAGGUGACUUUCUUUAGAAGGUUAACUGAGUCUGGAUUCUUCAGAUCACUGUAAUUCUUGUGUUGUGCCAUUAUUCCCUGUCGCCAAUAAGUUUUAUUUUUAGACAGUUGCAGUUUGCCUCCAAAGAGAAACAUGCUCCAGUCUCCAGCUGUUAGUGAUCACAUAUACUGUAACCUUUGUCUUUUAUUUUUAUAAUAUGUGCUCUUGGUGAUUAUCUUAUCUUUUCCUUCAUUGUGCAUUGCAAAACUAUACUUUGAACCCAUCUCACUAUAAUAUUUUUUUAAUGUAAUUUCCUAAGUAAUGAUAAAACAAUAUGUAUUUGACAUUUUAAAUAUUCUGUAUG